AUUUCAAUUAUAUCACAGGCUAUGAAUUGAUGGUAAAGUAGCCGUGAGCCUGAAUGUGAUGUCAAACGACACAUGUGUAACCCUUCAACAAUUACUGAAUUUUGGUGGCAAAUUUGAGCCACAUUUGCUCUGGGAACUUCUUCACUCUUUAUCUUUUUAUCUCAAAACGGCCCUGAAAGAUCCUGUGUCGUGGCAACAAGGGCCAGUGUUUCUAAUUUGUUCCAGUAAAAUCAGUUUCUUUGCCGAUGGAAAUGUGUCCGUUAAACGAGGUUCAAUUGGGGAAUACAACGACAGUCUGUAUGUAGCACCGGAAUACUACAGCUCAGAGACCAAGUUAGCCUCCCCAACUGCUACAGAACAGAUAUACGUCUACUGUCUGGGUAUGACUGUGUACUCCGCUGCAGAGUUCGACUGUGAGGAGGAAGUUGAGUUACCAGAGGUGCUAGAAGAGGUGCUGAUAAACAUGGUUAACGAGGUGGCUGCUUUACGAACUAACCUCGCUGUUAUUUCACAGGCGUGCCAAGCAAACAUCCCAAUGUCCAAGAAAAGUGCUCUCAAAGAACUCAUACAGAGUUACUUCAAAAAAAACUCGAUGGAUGCAGUAAAACGUCCACUUAGAGGCGGCAAGGCUCUAGUUCUACCCACUCCCCCUCUUCCUCCUCCUCUUCCUCCAAGUUUUGAUACCAUCCCCAACACUGGCUACAGCAAAUCUCAGAGCAGUUCCAGCAACAUCUCCAGGAGUAGCCCUGCCAAGGAGACCACGUCUGAUAUCGAGAGGAACGGUGUAGUAAGCGUGGCUAGUGGUGAAGUUCAUGAAAUGAAUAACGAAGAAGAGGAAAUUAACCCGUACAGUACAUAUGAAGAUAUGGGGGUAGAAGUGGAUCCUUACUCUACAAACGAAAUCACAAAUAGCCCAGCUAGGAGUAAAUCAGAACAACAGGAAGAUUGUAAUUAUUCCAACGCUAAUGAGAUGGAUCUUGAGAACAGGAGACCGAAAACAGACAGCAGGGGUACUUCUCCUCUGGCUGUAUCUAUUAGUCCUAGUAUUGAUGAUACGUACUCUACUGCUGACGACCUUGAUCUUCAAACCAAGAAAUCCGAUCCAGUAAAAGCUCCAGUUCGUGAUUCAAGUAUAUCAAGUUCGGAACCAGAUAACCCAUACGGGACUGCUAAAUCCAGAUGUAAGACAGGGUGUGCUGCUGGUAAAUGUAUUCAUACUCCUACUGACCUGGAUCGCAUGUACACUACUGUCCAGAAGAUACGGACCGGCGACAAGGCUAGAUCUAUGAAGAAAAGCUCGAGUUCAGGUCGAGUAGAUGGGUUCAGACUAGAUACUUCUAUAUCUGCCACCAGCUCGGAAUCUAGCCAGCCAGUUCAGCUUCAGACGAUGAGGCGCACUGGUAAACCCGUUAUCAUACAGUUUCCCUCCAAUAAACGCUUCCAGAUCCCAGCUCAGCGGGACGACACGAUAAAGUCAGUAUUCUCUACCGUUAUCAAGCGUCUAGCAAUAGAAGAUGGCUCCUUAUUCGGGCUCCUUUACUCCCCCGCUAAGGGAGUGUUUGAGUUCGUACCUUCCGACCACAAACUCAAGUUAUACGCUCCUGACAAGUGGAAAUCAGACGCUCCGACUUCUCCUGCUGUCACCCUGAAGUUAGCUGUAAAGUUUUACCCUCCCUCUCCCCAUAAGUUUGUUAACCAAGUUACACGGUUACAGUUCUUUCUACACAUCAGAAACCUCAUACUUGAGGAGAGAUACCAGAUCACUAAAGAGGUAGCGUUUGACCUGGCGGCUCUGGCUCUACAAGCGGACAUGGGGGACUAUUACGACCGAACUGGUAACCAGUACUUCGACCCUUACAGCUACGUUCCCCCUGAUGUGAUGUCGACUUUAUCCUACAUGUAUGCUAGUAAGGAGAUACCGAUGUUGCACAGCAAGCUAGAUGACAUGAGUCAGAACGAAGCAGUGCUCCGGUACCUUCAGAUCGUGUCCAAGCAGCCUGGUUACGGAGUUCACUUCUUCCAGGUAAAUGAAAGGAAUCCUUACGAAGUGGAACACAGCUAUAUCGGAAUUUCUCUUCAAGCUGUUAUUUUGUAUGAGAAACCUAAUGAUUCUGCAAUAAAACGUGGCACACCUUACAAAUACUCUUGGGGUCAAAUCGCAAACCUAUCCUACAAAAACAAGACAUUCAUACUUGAUGUCACUGUUGGUAACACUGGAAGAAAGAACAAAAACGAGCGCAGAUACAACUUCGAAACUGAGAGCACGAAGAUAUCCAGGAUUAUCAUGACGCUAUGUGCAGAUACUCACAAGUUCUACAUAAAACUGAAAAACAUGUUGCCUCCUGAAACUGAGGAGGUUGAACCGACUUUUUCAGUAAGGGACUACACUCCGUCACCAAGAUCCGUCAUCACUAACAAUAAUAGUCCCGAAGAGCCUGACACAGUGGACGCCGUCGUAGCUAAGCCACCGAAAAAGAGUUUGGAUAGACAAGAGUCCACGGUGUCUAUAUCUAAACGUCCUCCUCCCAACAGCCAGUUAGUGCAAAAGUACGUAUGUCUGACGAAAGCGGACAGUUUACAAAGUUUAGGGCUGACUAUAGUGGGUGGUGAUGGCAGUGAGGGUAUCUAUGUUGAUAAGCUAGCUACUGGUGGUCUAGCACAUCUAGAUGGCAGAAUACGGAAAGGUGAUAUGUUGCUGUCAGUGAAUGGUAUGAGUCUGAAGGACAUGUCCCACCAUGACGCUGUAAGUCUCAUAACCAAACAGUCAAAGAGGGUUGAGCUGGAGCUGGUGGAGGUUGCUGGAGAUAUUCCUUAUCAGCUGACCGGGGAGGACAGGGCUGACUCUGGAUCUGAUCACAGCCAUUCUAUUGACUUGGAUACAUCUCUGAUGAGUAAGAAACGGUUGGGUGCCAGCAAGUCAACCCCAGUAACAGGAUCAACCCAGGGACCUUGGUUUGCCCGUUCAUCUGUUAGCAGUAACACUUUACCUACUAAAAACACAAGGGUGUCUAAUAACAAGACACUGUCUAAUAACAAUAUCUCAUCACUGCCCGAAUCCCUUCAGAAUAGGAUCGCUAUGCAGGAGAGGUACAAUCUAGUCCGACAACCUCAGCCCUCCACCCAAGCCCCCAUCUCUAGAGCCCAUACCACUCCUGUUAUCAACCGUUACCCCUCUCUUAGUGCUUCAGGUCGUUCCAAAACAGCCGGUCUCUCGUUUGAUGAAGAUGUUAUAAUACCAAUGAACGGGUCAGCAAGUGGAGCCCAACUAAAACGGAACCUAACCAGAGGGAGCUCAGAGCAGAUCCCUCUACCAGAUAAAGAGUUAUCAGAGAACGACUCCUUCUGCUCGGACUACUCCCCAGGGCAGAUGCUCCACAACCGAUCCGACAGCAGUAUGGUGAAGAGUGAUGGAGAACGGACAGAAGCUUCUAACAGUUCUAGUCACAAGGUCCCCUUGUCAAGGGACCCAUUUUCCCGAAUAUUCACGGUAUAUCUGACCAAACAAAGAGGAAGCCUGGGGAUGAGCAUAAGAGUGGACAAGGGCUCCACUUAUGUUAGGGACAUGUUUCCCAACGGACCGGCUGCAGCUUCUGGCAUGGUUGAAAAAGGAGAUGCAGUGUUGAGUGUGAACGGGGUGGACUUGUCAGGUCUCACCAACCAGGAAGUAGUGAACGUUCUGCAACAAGCUCCGAAUAAUGUGACUCUGGUAAUGAGCUGGGGUACUGGCAGUCUUAAUUCUAAAGGUUCUGAGUCCAACAGGUCUGGAAUGCAGUUCCAAGUCACCUUGAACCGGAGCCCGUCUGGGUUCGGAUUCUCUACCCGGAACACUUACAUGGGGAACGAGAGUUUUAUCAGGAUAAAAACAGUUCAUCCUGGUGGCCCUGCCUCACUUAAUGGAUGUUUAGAAGAAGGGGAUAUCCUAAUGAGCGUGGGAGGGUACUCUCUGGAGAACCUAAACGACCGAGUCCUCUCCAACAUCCUCGCUUCUAUCGACUGUCCUGCUCUUUUCACGGUCUACAGACCCGACACUAUCAGGACAUUUAACCCCAGAAAGUUUGAAACUGGUACCAUUCUUCCUCUGUCCCUGCAGGAGAGCGAAGAUUUGUUGGGGUUCAUCCUCUGUGCUGGCUAUCCUUAUUAUCGAAAUACGGACGAAAGUGGGAAUCUGCAUCAAAAUGACCGCUUGUUACGAAUCGGUUCUACUUGUUGUCAAGGAAUCAAGUCUCCUCAACUGGAAGCGUUAAUUAAAGAAUCAUCCGUCGUUGAAACACAGAUAUUCAGGCCCUCUGGCGAACAGUCUAGAAGCGAAGACAAGCUCAGUAACAAUGUUGACAAACAGAUGACAGAGAUGAGUAUAACAGAUGCAGUCAACCCAAUCGACAAACUCAUGGAGAGAGCGGAGACGAUCAUCUUACACAAGGAAGAGGCUGGACUGGGCUUCAGUCUACUCGGGCAACACGAUGGAAAACGAAUAGUUCAUGGUGUCACGGUUAAGACAGUGUUAAAAGUUGGGGCCGCCUUUGAGGAGGGCAGACUUAAACCUGGCGAUCUAAUCAUCAUGGUAAACGGAAGAUCAAUGGUAGGGAUCACACAGAGUAAAGCUCUGAGUACGAUCAGAAAGAGUAGCGGAGAAGUGGUACUGACAGUGGUACCCGGACACAGACGAGAUCACAAUGACAUCACCCCCACUGAGAGGAAACUUAUCGGACACCAUCACUUCGAGAAGACUACUGAUAUGUGACGUCAUCACCGACAAAGUGACGUCAUCACCGACAAAGUGACGUCAUCACCGACAAAGUGACGUCAUCACUACUGACAUGUGACGUCAUCACUUUUCGACUUUCGUGGGGUGUGAAUUAACUUGGAUCAUGGAUAUUUCUAAGCGGACGUUUACCCGUUCAUCGAAUGAUCUGUAUUUUUAUGAUUAAGUUACUGAUGUUUUUAAUGUGGAAAGUAGUAUCGACAUACCAUGUGGCAUGUGAAUACAAUUAAGUUAAAUAACAGAGCUCAAGAGUGGCGAAAUGUAAUACUUUUUAAUUUACUUUCUGACAGGUUUAUUUUGAGGUUAUUACGAUUCUGAGUUAACCGAAUUCAGACAAUUUAACUAAAGUUUUAAAUUUACUUAAUUAUAACUUGGCAAUACAAUACUAUGACAGGUGCAUGAAAGAGACAGCUCCGAAACUUGUACAGUUGAUUUACUUUUUAUAGAACCGCUGAUUUAAACAAAAGUGUAAUUUUCUUUGUCAAUAAAAUAUAUAUUUAACUCUGGACACUCUUCCUGCAAUUGUGGCCUAGUUUUCGUGUAUCAGACUCAGGGAUUAGUAUUCAAAGUAUGUACACUGAUCAUAUUAAAAUCUCACUUUGAGUAGUUGAGGUCAUGA